AUGUCUUUCCCUCGCACGGGCGAUAAUCCGCCACGAUUUCCUCAUGUUCCGGACUCUCUCCGAAUCGAUGCCUUCGUUCCAUCAAUAGCCGAACGGAUCAUAGAGCCGCGCGCAGACACGGCUCCCUACAUCACUCCGUACCUCAGUCUCCGCUCCCGGCUCUCGCAAGUAUGGAUCAACCGGUGGACUGUCCUCAUAGUCCUCGUCCUUGUCCGCACCAUCAUCCUGACGGCCCAGCUACACGACAACCUCGUGUCUGCGGAGGCACAGGCUCUCUCUGCCUGCACCAAAGUCGAAGACGUGGGCAGCGCAAUGGCUUCCAUGCCCCAUUAUCUGUCUUCCGGGGUCAAUGAGCUGGUUGCCAUGGGCGUCGAAAAGACGGUUCACGGCAUGGUGGAGAUUCUCGACCUUGUGAUUAGCGGCGUCGAGGGCAUCAUCAUCUUCUACAUCAAUUUCCUGGCAGCCACAUAUACCUGCCUUAUCACGGCCAUGAUACACGGGACUCUCGAUGCGAUUGGCAAUGUUACCGAAGACGCAACAAAGGCGUACAACAAGCUGGUCAACGGCACUGUCGACGAUAUUAAGAAGAUCGCCACUGUCUUGCAGAAGGGUAUCGCCAACCUCACGUCGGAUAUUGAGGACUCGGUCUUUGGCAGCGUGCUCUCCAAGAUUCCCAAAGUCAACUUCACGAAACCCAUCGAAGAGCUGAGAGACUUUCAAAUAAACACGACCGACUUUGUCGGCGGCGUGCAGAAGCUCAACGAUGAUCUACCCACCUUCGAAGAGGUCCAGAACGUGACGGAAUCCGUCAUCGCGUUCCCCUUCAACAAGCUACGCGAAGCUCUGGACGAAAAGUAUGGAAAAUACGAAUUCAACAGGAGCACCUUUCCCCUUGCUGAAAAGCAGGUGAUGACGUUCUGCUCCGACAACGACUCGCUGAACAACUUCUUUGACGGGCUGUUCAAGCUUGUGGCCAAGGCUCGCACGGUCUUCAUCGUCGUCUUCACCCUGGCGGCGGUGGGCGCCAUGGUCCCCAUGGCAUGGCUGGAGAUUCGUCGAUGGCGGCGACAGAGGGAGCACGGCAAGCUUGUCAACGACAGCCAGCGCGACCCCAUGGACGUCGUCUACACGGUCUCUCGGCCUUUCACUGCCGGAUGGGGCAUUCAAUUUACCAGCAAGAUGAGUGGGAGCAAGCAGAUUCUCGUCCGCUGGUGCAUCGCAUACGCCACUACGCCGGCUGCCUUGUUCGUCCUUUCGCUCGCCCUCUCCGGCUUCUUUGCGUGCAUAUGCCAGUUCAUCCUUCUCAAGGCCGUCGAGCAGAAGACGCCUGCACUGAGCCAGGAGGUCGGCGCAUUUGCGGAUCACGUGGUGGCAAGCCUACAGAACGUCUCUGAUUCCUGGGCACAUGAUGCCAACGAUGUCAUCAUAGGACUCAACGACGAGAUCAACGGUGAUCUCCUCGACUAUGUCAGCAACGCAACAGGGGCUGUCAACGACACAAUCAACACCUUUAUGGACGCGAUGGAAGACGGUCUGAAUGCUGCCCUCAAUGGUACCUUUCUCUUGGGGCCGGUCAAGUCGAUUCUCCACUGUGUCAUUGGUCUCAAAGUUGAGAGCGUUCAAAAGGGGCUCACAUGGGUGCACGACCACGCCCACGUUGAAUUGCCUCUCUUCCCGAACGAUACCUUCAGCGCGGGAGCCAACAGCUCUGUGGCUGGAGACUCAGACCUUGGCAGCUUCCUGGCCUCUCCUUCAUCCGCCUCGAGCGACGAGAUAAGCGGAGCUGUCGAGCAUGUUACGGGCUGGCUUCACCACGACCUGGUGCAGGAAGCCCUCAUCUCCACGGGCCUCUUGCUCGUCUACGUGAUUGUUGUCUUGAUUGGGGUGAUAAGGACACUUGUGGGCAUGUCUGGGCAGGACCGUGGCCGUGCUGAAGGCGGCAUCCGCUACCCAACAACACAAGAUGGCACGCAGUUUGAGUCGCCUGCUGAGCGCUCAUGGUCACAAGAGCCGCCGCCUCCUUGGGCGCCGUCGGUUUCGUCGAGCAGGAGCUCGGUGGGAAGCGGGAAUGGCGAAAAGUUCAUCUACGGGGCGAGUCCAACGAAGCCGAACAUGAGGAGCAACAAUCCGUAUGAUCGCUUCGACGAAAAGACGGGGUUCUGA